AUGAGUGUUGAUGAACAAGUUGCUAUCUUUCUUCACAUGCUUGCCCAUAAUAUUAAGAAUCGGGUCAUUAUUUGCAAUUUUUAUCGUUCGGGUGAAACAAUUAGUAGACUUUUUACUCGAGUUUGUAACGCGGUGAUAAGAUUGCAUUCACAUUUACUUAAGAAACCAGAACCUGUUCUUGAAGAUUCAACUGAUCAAAGAUGGAAGUGGUUCAAGAAUUGUCUAGGGGCUUUAGAUGGAACACACAUAACUUGUAGGGUACCGCUCGAAGAGAAACCUAGAUAUAGAACAAGAAAGAAUGAUAUUGGUAUAAACGUCUUAGGGGUUUGCUCCCAAGAUAUGCAAUUUAUUUAUGUAUUACCGAGAUGGGAGGGAUCGGCGGCUGAUGGUAGAGUGCUUCGAGAUGCCCUUGUUAGACCACAUGGAUUAAAAGUUCCAAGACCGGGUUAUUACUUGGUAGAUGCCGGUUAUACAAAUGGAGAAGGUUUUCUUGCCCCUUAUAGAGGUCAAAGGCAAGAAAUGGCUGUAGAUCCAUUUGAAAACGAAGAACCAGAUCAGGGGACGGGAGACAAUGGAGAUGGAGAUGACGAUGACGAAAAUAUCACUUCUAUUGGGAAAUCUAAUGAGUGGACAACAUUUAGAGAUAAUUUAGCUCAAACUAUGUUUGAAUCUUGGAAUUCUACACACUGA